AUGAAAUUCACAAUCAUCGCCUUCAUUACAUUUGGUUUAUUAUUAGCUUUUGUUCAAUGUAGAUCUCGUGUCGCUGUAACAAAAUAUGAAAUUAAACAAGGAAGUAUCUUUACUGGAGGUCGUAGUUAUGAUAUAAAAAGUAAAACAACUAAUAUACGAUUUUCAAUUGAAAAUGAACUUCUUCGUAUUGGAAAAAAACUUACCUUAUUAGAAAAUGGCAAACCUCGUUAUAUUGUUACACAUAAACUUCUCAAUUUAUGGUCAACAUGGUCAAUUACUGAUGCAAUCACUGGUCGUGAAGUCGGUCAAAUAAAAAAUAAAUUUAAAGUUAUUGGUGCAAAAAUACAUGCCGAAGGUGAUUUUGGUAAAUAUGUAAUCAAAGGUGAAUUUGGUAAACAUACAUAUAAAAUCUCAAAAAAUCAUCAUAAAGUUGCUCAAAUUCAUAAAGACAGAUUUCAUUUACAUGAUACAUAUGGCUUAAAAGUCUAUGGUAAUGAAGAUCAAGCUCUUAUGAUAUUAUUUGCUAUUGUUGUUGAUGAAAUUCGUCAACAUUAA